UGAAUGUUGCUGUAUUCUGGUUGUAUAAAGCCUAUGUGCGUAGCUGUACCGUAGGCUAAUUUUAAUUUCUAUUUAAGUCGCUUCGUGUCAAAAUAUUCAAAUGACAUCUUUUGGAAACUGGCAGCUGUCUUCUAGUGACAGCGAAGAUGAGAAAACAACGAACGGAGUUCUGUUGAAAGUGAAAAAGAAGAGGAAAAAAUACAGCACAAACAAUAAUGUUGAAUCAAACAUUAGUGAUGAAGAAUAUGUUCCGCUAUCAGCGAGAUUAAAAAUGAAGGGCUCGAAUACAACUGAAAUUUCUGAAGAAGAGGAAGACCUGCCGGUUUUUAAAAUACAGAACAACACAUCAACAGCAGCAUUAACAAACAAAGAAAAUGUUACCUCAAUUAUAAACUCAAAUGUUCAGCAGGGUAUUGGAGUUAAAAUUUCACCUUGUAAAAUGAACAUUGAAACAUUGGAUCUCACAAUUAGUGAUGAUGAAAUGGGAUCUCUAAAAUCAUUUACUAACUCUAUGCAGGAUAUCAGGAAAAAAAAUUCUCCUGUUAAAAGUAAAACGAACAUUGAAACAUUAGACCUUACAAAUGCUGAUGAUGCUAGUUAUCUGAAACCCGUACCUAACGCUAUUCAACGAAAAUCCCCCAGAAAAAACCCUGAAUCAGAAAGAGCAAAAAUUGCUAAAAAAGCAGAAGCUGAUCGAAGGAAAGCACUGAAUUUACACCUGAAAGCGCUGAAACCAGAGGAAUGCCUGAAAUAUAUGAAAGUUUUAAUCUCACAAUUGAUUGUGUCGAUGUUUGAUGAUUUUGACUUCAUGUCUGAAUUGAAGGAUGGAUUUGAACCGGCUUGCCAGAGAGAAUUAUUUGACCUUCCCUGUGUUCGAUGGAGCAGAAAGGUUACCACAACAACAGAGGUUGGGGGUCAAUCAUCAGAAAUACAUGAUGAACCUGAGAUGUUGGUGGCACUCCCAGCUUCAGAGUUUGUUAAAAUGGUCCAUGCACAAAUUAACGCAUUUUCUAAUGAAGAAACCUUGACAAAGUGGGUUAAAAAGCUGCAAAUUGAAAAUCCAGGGAUCAACAUUCAUCUGGUCUGCCAUGGUUUGGAAAAAUAUAAUAAGAAUUUAAAAAAUAUACAGAGAAGAGAGGAGAAAAGACAAGAAAAAGGCACAACUGCAAAGAGGAAAAAAACGCCAAGUGUACCAGAAGUCUCUCAAGAUCAAAUAGAAGAAGUUUUGGUUGACUUACAGAUUGAAUGUCGAACAACUGUGCUUUAUAUUGAGAAACCUACAGAACUAGUCGCCAUGGUUAAACAGCUCACAAAGUCGAUCGGUGAGGCACCUUACAAACGAAUGAAGCGUAAUGAUGUUCUCUUUAUUAAUGAAAUUCCUUCUGUAAAAAUCAACCCUAAAACUGGAGAGGGAUUGAAAAAAGUCUGGAAGCAAAUGAUGCAACAGUUUCAUAAUGUAACUCCAGUCAUGGCUACAGCAAUAUCUGACCGUUACCCUUCACUGCUCUCUCUUAUCAAAGCUUAUGAAUUGUGCGGAAAUGAUACUUCAAAAGCCGAGAUGUUGCUUGCAGAUAUCCCUGUACGGAGGGGAGUCGGAACUUUACAAACAAGUCGGCGGAUAGGAGCUGAACUUUCGUAUAAAAUUUAUCGAUUGCUAAUGUCACGGAUAUCUACAGAACGACUGUAUUGAUCAUCCGAUUUUAAGCCAGAGAAAAAUGAGUUGUAAUUGACCACUGUAGAGCUAUGAGCUUCUGAUAAUGGGAUUCCAAAUUUUUGUGUGUGUACCAGGUUGGGGUUAGGUCAUAAUUUUGUUCCCGAUUUUAGUUCUAUUACGAGUUCGGAGACUGUCUGUGCUCGCCAAGUGAAUACACCCCCUGUCCAUAGGUUCCACUUACUA